UAGAAUACUUUUAGGGAAGAUAUAUAUAUUUUUUGAGUUGUAUCUUAUCAUAACUUAAGUUAUAGUUGGUCACUAGGCAAGUGUGCUGUCCCAGGAAUAGAGAAGAGUAUUGAUAAUGCCUAGGAAAGGGUGAAGAUUUGUUCUAGAAAGAUCAUCUAAUUAAGUUUUUAUUGGAACAAAAGGUCCCAUAGAAGAAAGAUAGUUUGGGGUAGCCUCUGGAGAGCCUGGCUGGAAAAUUUGAACCCUCUUGAGUAGCAAUGAGAUACUGUUGAAAAUUUUCAAUCAUGAGACAUAAGUGACCAGAAUCACAAUAUGGAAAGAAUCCAUAAAGGGUGCCAGAUGGAAUACAGUCAGGAAGAAAUAAACUCAGGACUGGGCAACAGGCUGCUUGAACAUGAACAGAGAUCUUUGUUAGGAAGUAGGAAGGAUGGGAAUGCUGGCUGCCAACCAGACAUCCAAGUCAGAUGACAUUGGCAUGGCACAGCCUUCAUGACUGCUGCACCUGACUGGACUGUGAGUCUCUGAUAAAUGUGUAAUUGCUGGAUUUAAUUUCCUAGUGUGCACCUGUGUGGUCCAUAAACGCUGCCAUCAUCUAAUUGUUACAGCCUGCACCUGCCAAAAUAACAUUAACAAAGUGGACUCAAAGGUUGCUGAACAGAGGUUUGGCAUCAACAUCCCACACAAAUUCAGCAUCCACAAUUACAAAGUGCCAACGUUCUGUGAUCACUGUGGCUCCCUGCUCUGGGGAAUAAUGCGACAAGGACUUCAGUGUAAAAUAUGUAAAAUGAAUGUACACAUUCGAUGUCAAGCCAACGUCGCUCCCAACUGUGGGGUGAACGCGGUGGAGCUGGCCAAGACCCUGGCAGGGAUGGGUCUCCAGCCCGGAAAUAUUUCACCAACCUCGAAACUUGUUUCCAGAUCAACCCUAAGACGACAGGGAAAGGAGGGCACCAAGGAAGGAAAUGGGGUUGGGAUUAAUUCUUCCAACCAAUUUGGCAUCCACAACUUUGAAUUCAUCCGAGUGUUGGGAAAGGGCAGUUUUGGGAAGGUGAUGCUUGCCAGGAUAAAAGAAACAGGAGACCUCUAUGCUGUGAAGGUCCUGAAGAAGGACGUGAUCCUGCAGGAUGAUGAUGUGGAGUGCACAAUGACCGAGAAAAGGAUCCUGUCUUUAGCCCGCAACCACCCCUUCCUCACCCAGUUGUUCUGCUGCUUCCAGACCCCUGUAAGUAUGACUCGCGUUCACUGCCUCUGCAGCUCCGGUCUUAAAGAGUUCAGAUAAUAAGAUGUGGAAGAUUUCAGAAAGUCAGGUACCAGAAAAUAUUUUGGAAUGAGCUCUUAUGGUAGGCCAAAUGAAGGUCACAGUAACUUCUGACGACCUCUGGGACAAAAUAUAAAAACUAAUCAAUUCACUCCUUCCUUCAUGCUGCCCUGUGCAAGGGUCACCUCUAGUGUUGCAUACCCUGAAAUUGAAAAGGUCCGGUGAAGGUUACAGAAGUCUAAGACUUCUGUAAUAGGCUAAUUAUCUUGGUGAAUUUGACAAUUGCUGUGCUCUUAAAUUCUGGACUGGUUUGGACCUGGGCACAAGAGUUCAAAAGAGUGGUCUGACUGGGCCCUGGAGACUCGCGCUUGUAAUCCUAGCUACUCAGGAGACGGAGAUCAGGAGGACUGCAAUCCAAAACCAGCCCAGGCAAAUAGUUCGUGAGACCCUUCUCGAA